GGUGGGUGCAGGGCGCAUGCGCGGCGCCGCUGGCCGGGGCCAUGGACUGGGCGCGGAGCCUGCGGGGCCGCCUGGCCGCCCGCCGCCUCGGUGUGUGCUCCGUUCCUUUCCGCGUAAUGACUGCCCCACCGGUCCGUACGGCUUUGUAAGCGGCGGUGUUAGUUCCUCUUCUCGAGUCCUGCGGCGUGCUAGAGCUCUAGAGUCCAACGUGGAAACUGUUUUCUGUGUUAACCAGCCAAAAGGAGCGAGCAGGAGCUGAAAGAUGAAGAGAUGGAGCUGUUCACAAAGUACUACGUGGAAUGGAAGGGCGGGAGGAAAGGUGGCAACCCGUCAUACACCAACAUCCCGCGCUUCUACUACAGGCUGCCAGCUGAAGAUGAAGUCUUGCUUCAGAAAUUAAGAGAAGAAUCUAGAGCUGUCUUUCUGCAAAGAAAAAGCAGAGAGCUGUUGGAUAAUGAAGAGCUGCAGAACCUCUGGUUUCUACUGGACAAACAUCAGACAUCACCAAUGAUAGGGGAAGAAGCAAUGAUCAAUUAUGAGAACUUCUUGAAAGUUGGUGAAAAAGCUGGACCUAAAUGCAAGCAGUUCUUCACAGCCAAGAUCUUUGCUAAAUUACUCCAUAACGAUCCUUAUGGGAGGAUAUCCAUCAUGCAGUUUUUCAAUUAUGUCAUGCGAAAAGUGUGGCUUCAUCAGACAAGAAUUGGUCUCAGUUUAUAUGACGUGGCAGGACAGGGUUACCUCAGAGAAUCGGAUUUAGAAAACUAUAUUUUGGAACUCAUCCCUACUUUGCCACAGCUGGAUGGCUUAGAAAAAUCUUUUUACUCCUUUUAUGUCUGCACAGCAGUUAGAAAGUUCUUCUUCUUUCUGGAUCCUCUCAGAACAGGGAAGAUAAAGAUACAGGAUAUCUUAGCUUGCAGCUUCCUGGAUGACUUACUGGAGUUAAGGGAUGAAGAACUCUCUAAAGAAAGUCAGGAAACAAAUUGGUUUUCUGCUCCUUCUGCGUUAAGAGUUUAUGGGCAGUACUUAAACCUUGAUAAAGAUCACAAUGGCAUGCUCAGCAAAGAAGAACUGUCCCGAUAUGGAACAGGGACUCUGACCAACAUAUUUUUGGAUCGUGUUUUUCAGGAAUGCUUAACUUAUGAUGGAGAAAUGGACUAUAAAACCUACCUGGACUUUGUACUCGCAUUAGAAAACAGAAAGGAGCCUGCAGCUCUGCAAUAUAUUUUCAAACUGCUUGAUAUAGAGAACAAAGGAUACCUGAAUGUCUUUUCCCUUAAUUAUUUCUUUAGGGCUAUUCAGGAACAAAUGAAAAUCCACGGACAAGAACCGGUUUCUUUUCAGGAUGUGAAGGAUGAAAUCUUUGAUAUGGUAAAGCCUAAGGAUCCUUACAAAAUCUCCCUUCAGGAUUUAAUCAAUAGCAGUCAAGGAGACACUGUUACCAGCAUUCUAAUUGAUCUGAAUGGGUUCUGGACAUACGAGAAUAGAGAGGUCCUUGUGGCAAGUGAUAAUGACAGCACUGCUGACGUUGAUGAUACGUGACUUUGAACAGGAGUAGACUGUAUCCAUUGAGAUAUCUCUAACUGAAGCAUUCAUUAACUGUUGGAAGCUGGAAACAUUCAUUACUUGAAUCGAUGUCUCUUCCAUUUUACUCCUUCCCACCUUAUUCCCCCUCAAGCAUAUAAUAUAAAAUGUGGUACAGAGGAAUUGCAGAACUAAUUCCUGAAAACAAACCAGCAAGUCUUGUUUAAGAGGUAGCUAUGGUCUGGUGUGUGUGCGGUGUGGUUUUUUAAAUAAAUAUUUGUGGACUUUUUCCUUAAACACAAAGCCUUUUUAUUAUUUGAACAUUCCAAUAUGGAAUGCGAAUUUAUCCUGAAAGCAAGAACGAGUUUCUUGGGUAUCCUCAGCGCCACCCUGUAUCCACACAGCCAUCCGGGGCCUCCCACAGCAUUCCUUGUGGCUUCGUGUAAUGACAGCACUGUUACGCAUCCUGCUGUAAAGGCAAAGGUCUUCAGCAAGACCUAAACAGCUUAGGCAUUUUUCUUGAUUUGUAUGUCUAGCUUUGUCUGGCAGAAAGGGUAACUAUUCAAUCAGUUCAACAUUUAUUCGCUUGCUUGCUUCUGAAGAGUUUCCUGGACAGAAAUGGAACCACCCUAGCUGCAGGUCUGGUUAAAACUAAUCCAAAUACCUGUAUAAAGGCUUUCACUAACUUAAAUUACAUAAAAUAGUUGCAUAGGAGGUUAACUUAACUACAGCUGUAGCUCAGCUGUGUAAUUAAAGAAUAAGUGUUUUACUGA